UUUCAGAGGCACAAUGUAACUUUUACCACAGUGAAGCCGUGGGCAAGGGUCAGUUCUUCUUUGGACGGUCACGAUCACAUAUUACCAAAUGAACACUUCGUUCAACACGCAAAAUGAUUGUUGGCUCCACGUGGAUUGGUUUUGUUUUAGCUGCGGUUUGAGGUCAUCUGUGACUAUGACCGCCAUAAACUUGAAGGUACACACCACCUGUGUCACAGAGACGAGAAGAUUAAGAGUAGACCACUCCCCAGACGUAACUAUCAGUGUUCAUCUGCCAUCGCAGCUGUGCCCGACAUGGUCUUUUCAUGGAAUGUUGCCAUUGUUUGUCCUUCAAAGAUUCUGUUGGCUGUGAUUCUGCAGGGAAAACAAGACCCCUUAUUUUUAAGUGCACAUCAGGCCAUUUGGGGGCGACACAUAUGUCCGAACAACACACUGAGUAUCAUGGCUUUGCAUUUUGAACCCCCAGAACUAAUCCAGAGACUUUAGUAUGUGGCCCGUUGACUUUUCACCACAAGAUUGGCCAAAAUGGGAAGGACUGGAUUCCGCUCUCUUCCACGAAGAGUCAAUGGGACUGGCUAAGAUCAAGGUCUGAGGCGUUUUCCACCUGUCAUCGGUCCCUUUUUGCUUUCUUUUACGACCACAUGAAACUUGAGAAGCCACCUAAAGCUAAAUCAUUUAGUGGAGUUGGGCAGUUCCCAAGUGUCCAACAAGAAGGCCUGCUUUAGGCUGCGAUGGCCACUGUCAUUCCUGGUGAUUUGUCAGAAGUAAGAGAUACCCAGAAAGUCCCUUCAGGGAAACGUAAGCGUGGUGAAACCAAACCAAGAAAAAACUUCCCUUGCCAACUGUGUGACAAGGCCUUUAACAGUGUUGAGAAAUUAAAGGUUCACUCCUACUCUCACACAGGAGAGAGGCCCUACAAGUGCACACAACAAGACUGCACCAAGGCCUUUGUUUCUAAGUACAAAUUACAAAGGCACAUGGCUACUCAUUCUCCUGAGAAAACCCACAAGUGUAAUUAUUGUGAGAAAAUGUUUCACCGGAAAGAUCACCUGAAGAACCACCUGCACACGCAUGACCCUAACAAAGAGACGUUUAAGUGCGAAGAGUGUGGCAAGAACUACAACACCAAGCUCGGCUUCAAACGUCACCUGGCCUUGCACGCCGCCACCAGCGGUGACCUCACCUGCAAGGUCUGUCUGCAGACGUUCGAAAGCACAGGUGUGCUGCUGGAGCACCUGAAGUCCCACGCCGGCAAGUCGUCCAGCGGGGUGAAGGAGAAGAAGCACCAGUGUGAGCACUGCGACCGCCGCUUCUACACCCGGAAGGACGUCCGCAGACACAUGGUGGUGCACACUGGAAGAAAGGACUUCCUCUGUCAGUACUGUGCACAGAGAUUUGGGCGGAAGGAUCACCUGACUCGUCACAUGAAGAAGAGUCACAACCAAGAACUUCUGAAGGUCAAAACAGAGCCGGUGGACUUUCUGGAUCCAUUCACCUGCAAUGUUUCUGUGCCUAUUAAAGAUGAGCUCCUCCCGGUGAUGUCCUUACCUUCCAGUGAACUCUUGUCCAAGCCAUUCACAAACACUUUGCAGUUAAACCUCUACAACACUCCAUUUCAGUCCAUGCCGAGCUCGGGCCCCGCCCACCAGAUGAUCACGACCUUACCUUUGGGAAUGACAUGCCCGAUAGAUAUGGACGCUGUCCAUCCUUCUCACCACCUUUCUUUCAAGUACCCGUUCAGUUCUACCUCAUACGCGAUUUCGAUUCCUGAGAAAGAGCAGCCACUAAAGGGGGAAAUUGAGAGUUACCUGAUGGAGCUGCAGGGUGGCGUGCCCUCUUCAUCGCAGGAGUGCCAGGCGUCGUCAUCCAAGCUGGGGCUGGAUCCUCCGAUCGGCUCCCUAGAUGAUGGUGCAGGCGACCUCUCCCUGUCAAAAAGCUCAAUCUCCAUCAGCGACCCCCUAAACACACCAGCCUUGGAUUUUUCCCAGCUGUUUAAUUUCAUACCCUUAAAUGGCCCUCCCUACAAUCCUCUAUCGGUGGGGAGCCUCGGAAUGAGCUAUUCCCAAGAGGAGGCACAUUCUUCUGUGUCUCAGCUGCCCCCCCAGACCCAGGAUCUUCAAGAUCCUGCAAACACUAUAGGGCUCGGCUCCCUGCACUCGCUGUCCGCAGCCUUCACGAGUAGCUUCAGCACAAGCACCACACUACCGCGUUUCCAUCAGGCUUUCCAGUAGGAGUCCAAGACGUGGACAGAAUACAGAAAUCUGCGUGCAGCCCCGCCUUAGGUGACCGUUUGUAUUUUAGUGCCUCCUUUAAAACAGCAUAAAAAUGUCUGCUUUUGUACAGUACCAAUUUUCAGUAAGCCAGUAUGAAAUAGAAACGAGUUUUUAUACACGAGCUUUGGAACCAUUUGCGUUCAGUUCUGUUUACCUGGGUAUUUUGUCCACGCUCACUGCCAACUGUCAUAUUUGAAGUUGAUUUUUCCUCUAGGGAAGCCAUUCUUAUUGGCGGGAAAGUCUUACGCAUCCCACGUUCAAAUUACUUUUAGAUCUUAAACUUUACAGUUUUGUCCAAUAACAAUGGCUCUACCUUCUGACAUUUGGCUCGUUAAAGAGUUUUGCAAUAGGAUGUAAAUUUUCUAAAAUGUGUAUGAAUAACCUGAGAGUUUUUAAAUUUUUACUAGUCUCUAAGUGGAUUCAUAAGCAAAUGUUUCUAAUGAAUUAAGAAUCCAGUUUGGGGAGAUAAUAGAUGUUUUUUAGAUAUACCAUAAUUUCAGGUCAGUAUAUUUUGAAGAUUUUGCUAUUGUCUGGCUCAGAUACUUGCUGUCUUUAUUAUGCACACGUAAGGAAAACAAAAUCUAAACACAAAGCACCAGUAUUUAUGGCAAAAAAAAAAAAAAAAAAAAAAAAAAGAAGAAGAAGAAGAAGAAAAGACUCCUGGAAAGGUGACACCGCAUUCCACGUUACUCAAGAAUUGGCCUUAAGUCAGUACCCGGGAUAGUUUGUGCCACGUUUCCAAGUUGCUCUCUUUCUGAUGGACUAGUGCUAGUUGCAUUAUGGCAUUGGGGUCUUCAGAGUCAGUGUAUGGAUCGAUCUCUUUAAUCCUUUCCACCUCUCGUGGCCAAAGGGUGGGUCAAGGGCAGCCAGCAGUUCUGUUUUCAGUGUCACGGUUAGUCCAGAAUCGAGAGCCAUUGUGAAGCACAGAUGUUGGGUGUGUUGUAUCCCCGAGUGGACGGUCUCUUCUCAGAUAGUGGGAUAGACGGCUAAGAAGGAGGUGUGAUGUGAAGACCUCACUUCAACUUGGGAACUUGUCCCAAGUCUAGGGAUCAUGUCCCUUGUUGCCAGGGUUGGAAACUAACCUCUUGAGGAGUAAAGUCAAAGCAUAUCCCUUCCAUCACUUCUUGCUGAAUCAGCGCAGUUGUCUUUCCCGUAAGAGCCCAAAGCAGAAAACAGAACGAUAGCUUCACCCUCCCUGGUGUCUUUCUCACUUAGUGUUGAUUUAUCGUCCCUUGCUAUUUUCGGAUGGAGACUUUCAAGUUCAGUGCAUUAGAAAAGUAUUUGAGGAAUGACCACAAGGUUUUAGACGACGGAAAAUAUAUACAGUAAAACCCCCUUUUACUUUUCUCUGAGAAAUUGGGGGAAUGUUGCAAAUCAGUUGAAUUUGUCAAGGGGGUGACUCCAAAGCAAAACAAGGGCUCUUAACGUGAAAGCAACAAUCCAGAAGAGUGUGUUCACAGAAAGCAAUAGUUCCUGUGGGCUUUCCUUGUAGUAGACAAGCACCAGAAACAUUUUGAAGGUCACAUUAUAUUCUCCUAAGAAUUGGUCAGGACUAAGAAACGUAUCUAUUAAGCACUUGCUAACACCUUAUUUGGGGACCCUCU